CAAAUUGCAGCGCUAUUAGUAGAGAACAAGCACACAUUCUGUUAUAUUUAUCUCAUCUUGGUUAUUAUCACAAUUUGCUGCAAAAUUUCUCGAAUCCCAGUACUGGAAAAACAGCUUUAGGGUAUAUGGGUCAAGGUUUUAUAUCCGCAUUAAAAAAUGAAUUAACAAAAUAUUAUGGAAUGAUUGCAAUGCUGCAGGAACAGCUUAAUCAACAACGAACUUCGUACCAAAAAAAUUGCUAUGAAAAUGUUAAUGAAAGUCUUACUCUAACUAAAUUGAUGGUCUGGGCUGCUGAACCAUUGCAUCGAUUAAAGUGUUUAACUAUAAUAGCAGAGAAAUGUAAGGUACAAAAAGGUGGUGAACUUGCUUCAACAAUUUAUAGCUUUCUGGGUCAUGGUAAUCCAACAGUUAAAGCAUUAGCAAAGGAUCUUUUACUAGCAGUAUGCCAUCCAUUAUAUCAAAUGCUCUCUCAUUGGAUGUUAGAAGGCGUGAUUUCAGAUCCACAUAACGAAUUUUUUAUUAAAUGCAUAAACGAUGUUGGACCUGAGCGUUUAUGGAAAGAUAAAUAUAGCGUUUGUACUGAUAUGCUACCUACUUUUAUAUCCAUGGAUUUGGCUAAUAAAAUACUUAUUACUGGCAAAAGUAUUAAUUUUUUAAGAGAAGUUUGUGAAGAUAAGCGAUUGAUGGAAGGCCGCGAUGAAUUACUCCAAUGCAUAAAAAAAGAUGGAGAGCAAAUUUUUUCACAAGUGCCUGACACCAAAUUACAUGGCAUAAUUGAAUCGAUUUUUGAAAAAACUUCCAAAAGUGUUUUAGACAAAGUAAAAGGGGAAUAUAAACUCGAAUUUCAUUUACAAGCGCACAGACGUUACUUGCUUUUAGGUCAAGGAGAUUUUAUAUGUGUCUUAAUUGAGCUUCUUAAAACUGAAUUGUAUAAACCUGCCAAAGAUCUGCGAGCUAGUGAUCUUACUUCUAUAAUGGAUUCUGCCAUACGAUCAACAAAUGCACAGUUUGAUGGUGCAGAUGUUUACAAUAAUCUACAUAUCUGCUGCAAUAAUCCGUGUAAUGGAGAAAUUGGUUGGGAUAUAGUGUCAAUUAUUUAUAAAAUAGAUGGACCAUUGGCAAUAUUGUUUGAGGAUACUAAUCAAAUUUACCAAGUUUUAUUUAGACCUCUUUGGCGUAUGAAGCACAUGGAACAUAUGCUUUCUACUAAAAUUUGGAAAGAUCAAAAAUGCAAUGAUAAGAUACAUCGACCCCUACCCCAAUGA